UUAGCUUGAUUUUAUGUAUGAGAGAGAAGCAGAAACCAAGAACGUUAUAGAAACCUAGAAUACAAAUCACACACAACCACCCCUGAUGAUCUGCAUCCUGCAGGCUGGAGGUGAGGGAGGCAUGGAUGCAUCCUGCUUGCAGAGAGGGAGGCGAACGCAUCCUGCAGGCUGGAUGCAGUUGGGGAAUAGGGUUGCUGCAGACAGAGAGGGAGGAAAAACCAUGCACAGCAAAAACAAAUUGAUGACGGAGGAAUAAAGCAGACAAAAAGCCUGAAUGGAUUCAGCGAUGCUCUCAGCCAAUCAGAGGCACUACCUCCCCUCCUUCACCAUCCAGACUCUGUUAUUGGCUGCUGGGAGCAGAGAUGCAGAGACACAGCAGGGUAAACAAGAAGAAGAAACAGUCAGAGGAGGACAGCUGUUUUUCACACCUCCAUCUCUCUCUCUUCCUCUGUUUCUGCCAGUUCAUCAGCAGUUUCUCUGCCUCGUUCGCUCAUGCUGCUUCCUCAGGUCACACAGGGUUUAUUUAACAUGAUGGACCUGCAGCCCACCAACUGGAGUUACUGCAGCUGCUGUUUACCCCAAGGCAUCAUGGGAGCUGGAGUCCCCCGGGGGGCGCAGGAGGACAGCUGAUCAGCUGAGGACUGUGGGUCAGCAGAGUUGGGAGAUGUGAGCUGGUGGGCGUACGGUGCUCAGCAAACUCUCGCCGUCUUCUCUCUCCUCGUCUCUGUUGCAGCUUCAUCCUUACCUUCCUCUCCUCCCAGCCUCACAUCUCCUCCUGCAUCUCCCCACUGACUCACACCUUUUCCAGGAAAAGCCAGGAUGGGUUGUCGCCUCACUCGGACCAAGGCUAAGACUCACGAACCUUCCCAUCACCGGCGCCGGGAGGAACUCCACUUUGUGGAUGAGUACGGCCAGCCAAUCACAGUGCAGAUGGAUAGUAAAAGAGGGCAUGGUCACAGGAGACAGCGGUCCCACUGCGCGAUCGAGUGCAGCAUCCCGUCAGAAAGACACUGGGAGGCCCUGAGAGCGAUGGGUCUGAUGGAGGGGGAGGAAGGCCAAGGAGACGUCUACAGUGCAGGGAGCUACUAUGGGCACAUGGCUGUGUCACCUGACCCAUACCCUGCCAACAGCCACAUGAUGAUGUCACCUGAUGUCUAUCUGCCCAAUGGCUACCUCCCCACAGCAUCGAAUGACCUGCAUCCAGGUAACAACUACUUGCCCAGUGUCUCCUACAGCUUGGACCACCUGGACAGAUUGGACUACCAGGGUCCAGAGAUGCUGCCCUACCAGCCGAACUCAGAGAGUUGUCUGAUUGGCUGCUACAGCUUAGAAGAAGGAAAGCCUAAGAAUUUUCCCAGACAGUCCGACUAUCGUCCUCCCUGGAGGCCUGACCGUCCUCUCAGCUACCUACCCCUCAGUGAGCUCGACAGUGGGUUAGGAUGUGGGCCCGACAGCCCACACCACAGGGUGGCACUCUCGGAAGCUGAGACAGAUGCCAUGUCAUCGCUGCCGGGUCACACCCCUUCCUCCCAAGGUUCCUCCUCGUCCUCGGAGUCGCUGAUCUCGUCUGAACCCAGUGACUCCGGCUUCCACAGCGUCAGCACGGGGGAGCACAGACGGCUACACAAGAUUCCAAGCAGCCACAUUCACCGACAAGCUCACCACUUCCGCUCAGGCCACUCCCCUAGGGAGCAGAGAGGACGCUGGGAUUUGGAGUCCAUCCCUGAGACGACCCCAAUGACCCACUCUGGAACACCUCAGGCAUCCCGGUGCUCUGUGGGAAACAGCACGACCACAAUGGUUCACUUCCACAGAGCUGAGAGAAGUCCCACUUUACCUCGCCACCACACGCCCCCAUCACCCUCUAUCGGUAGUCGCACUGAGCCCUGCCAGCGGAGGGCGCUGUGGUUGGAGCAGCAACAGCAGGGUGGAAUUGGAAAGAUGGAGGCUCCAGGGAGGAGUCGAACAAUAACAGAUCUGAGUGAAGGACAAGGACGCCGCAGGGCAAGUCAUCCCAAUAUGACGGAUCCAAAUGCUCUGAGAAACACUCACCAGAACAACCAUCCAGGUCCAAGCAGUGACACAAUGAGACCAAGGAGCAGGGCCAGUUAUCCCAGUAACUGUCAUCCCACUGGUCACGUCAGCCUAGACAGAGUAAGUCUGAUCAAUCAUCAAGGCUUGAACCGGAGCAGGGAGGAGGACUCCCUCUCUAAAAGUCCUGGAUCUGCCUCCAGUGGAGUCAGUGGAGUCUCAGACUGGCGGGGCUUUCAGACUCUAGGGAGUCUCAUGGAAAAACCUAAAAGUUCCUGCAGUCCUUUUUACAGUACACUGGGAGCACCAGAACGUAGCCCUCGAUCUCCAACAUCUCCCCGCUCCAGGCUAUCCAAUCAGAAGUCAGUUAGGAAUCAGCUUCUCAGAGCCAGAGCUUACCGAUUGGCCAGGGAGCGCAGUGAGGUCACAACAGAUGAAGAGAUGCGAGGGGACGGGUCGAAAGAGGGCGAGGACGAAUGGGAGGACGGUCGGUGGGCGGGCAGAUACUGGAGUCGGACAGAAAGGAGACGUCACAUGGCGUUGUCACGGCAACACAGAGAGAGAAGAGGCGGGGUGGAGGAGCAUUUGGGUGGAUGCCAGGGGGUGGCGUCAUCUCAGAUGGUGCUGGAGCUGAGCCACCUGAAGCAGAACCGGCUGAGGAACAGCAAGCUGCUCGAUGAUUGGACUACGGUGGAGGAACUGCUGACGCACGGGACCCGAGUGGAGAGCGACAGUCAGCUGUGUCCCAGUCCGCUGCUGUCAGUCACCACAGUCUGAUCCAAAACAGGUACCGCCUGUUAGCUCAGAGUGAAACCUCACAAAGGUCCAGAUUUAUUAAGAGUUCUACUGAUGUCCUCCAGAACAAUGAUCCCCAACAAACAGAGAAGAAUUCACACUGUUUCUGAACAACUCAAUUAAACUAUGACCCAAUCUAAAACAUCCAGCUUAGUAUACCUGGAUUCAAGGAUAAUCCAGAAAAAGUUCAUUAGCCAAGAAGUGAAAUUAUGAUUUAUUGAAAUCUGUUAGAGAAUAUCAGUCCAAGCAACAACUUUCUAGUUGUCCACCACAGAUUUUUCAGUUGACAUCCAUCCCCUGAAAACCCUGCUCAGCUCACAACAUGCUUCACAAAUAUCUUACUGUGUAGAUACCAGGUGUUAGUCCAACUCUGCCAGUUUUUACCUGCAUCUGGUCAAGCUUCAUGCAUCUGAUCUCUAGAGGUCCAUAGAAAGACAAACCUGAGCAAUAAUUUCCACAAUUCAGGAAAAACUGCCUUCCUGCUGCAACCUUUUAAGUCUGAAUCUCUGAUGUUGUCAUAAUGGAAGGAGAUGCUGUUCUGACUGUGGAUCAGAACCUGAAGGCCUGACCUUAAGUGGGUCUAGAAGCAGACCUGAAAUACUUGGCCAAAGCUCAGGUGCGAACAGUGGGAAAAAUGUGUCAACAGCUCUGCAGAAGCAUUUAACCCAAGUUGAGUUUAAACAAAUACGAAUGUGUGAGAGCAGCCUGAAAAACUAUGGGGUAAGAACGCU